AUGACGUCUAUACAAUCUACGCAAAAAAAUCCCGAUCUCAGUUCCAGUCCACUCAUCGUCUCUGAACAAGAGGAUGACGCUUUGUUUGUAAUCUUGCUUGAAGAAUAUGCGAAAUACUGUAAUCUGCCAGCUAAGUCUCAGAAUGAUUCUUUUGACGAUUCAAAAAGCUCACCUAUGGAUGCGCAACCAUUAGUCGAAUUCCAGAAUUUAACAGACCUUGACUACAAGCCUAGACUAUGA